AUGACCGCAAUGAAUCCAAGUUAUAAGGUCGAAAAAUGAUAUUAUUUUUUCGAGUAAAACUUAAACUCAGAAUAUUUUGUCUAAAUAGGUCUGAAAAGGUUUCAGCUGCGGUUUCCAUUCAAAUCUCUCAAAGCUGGAGCUCAUGUCGAAGUCACAGGAAUCGUUCAAAAGUUUAUUUUUCUUCGUUUAAAUAAUUUUGAUUCGAAUUGAGUCCAAAAAGCGCGAUAGGCUUAGCGAAAACGUCGUCUGGCGAAAUUCCUCUCAACUACCUUACUCCAAAGUUUGUUUAUUUCAAGAAGUAAUAUCAUACAGUUUAAUUUUUUAGUGAAUAUUCAGAGUUCUUAAAAAAUCCAGUUGCUGAAAAAAUACACAAAUCGUAUCCAUUGAAAGACGAUGUUGCGAGUGGCCAGUGAGUCUUUUUCUGUUUUCUGAUGGUACUAGGCUUACCAGAUGAGAGAGAAGUUUUUUUUUGUCUCAUGAACACUAUGAAAGUAGAAGGAGUAGUAUUCGUAGUGGCAAGAAUGAGCAUAAAAUCAAUAAUGAGUCCCAAAGAAGAUAUUUAACUUGAAUCGCUUUUUGGCCUAUUUUUUCUCGCUCAGUCCAGUUUAUCAGUUUUCUGUCUAUGACUUCUCUAAACUCUUCACUCAAACUAACUCCCAUGAGAACAAAAGCUCGAUGAACGGUUCAUCGGUCCAAAAGCGUGUAGGCGUUGGUUGAGUAAGAGGAGUUCAGCUGGUGGCUCGGACGAAGGUCGGCCUUCGAGGCAGGAUUCCAUUUGGCCGUCAACCGGACCAACUUCGGCCACUACGCGGUAGUGCAGCCGACCGAAUGGAUGGCGACGGCCGACGCCUGGCCGCAGCUUCUUCUCGCCGUACGCACCAUCACCGGCUGCAUCGACCAGUUCCUUUACGAGUUCAGCCUCGACUCAUCUUACAACGACCUUUUCCCUAAUUUUCCGGUCAGAACUACCUAUAUCCUUUUUCAAAACUAGUUAUUUUGCUCAGGAGCGAAAAGUUCAAAUUGAUGAAGCUUUUUUGCCCUCCGUCGAGUCCUAUCCUCCUAUUAUGUACUUCAGAAUAAUCCUAGACAGGCAAGAAACUUUUCGAUAAAGUACAGGAGUAGAAAAAUCCAGAAAAAAUGAUCGAACAGGCUCUUUAUUUCGGGUUUCUAUGGAUAAUUUUAAUUGGUUUUUAUGUUUUUUUUUGCCCUGUAUAGUUCAGGUUCCGUUCCCCACGAAUAUUGUGAAUUACUAGAAUUCAAAAGUGCAGAAAGGGAAAGUAAAGUUUCAGCCAUGGGCAAUACCAGCUACUCGGUGACACUCAGAAAUUCAUAAACCUCGAACUUCUUCUCUCCCAUUACUUCGGUCUUCAAGUACCGUAUAUUUCAUUAUAACCUUCUACUUGCAGAGAAUCCUCUGCCGAUUCUAAGAGCAAGAUUUGGGGAAAGUGUCACUUUGUUCCUGACGUCGCUGGCCAACCGUCCAGCUGAUACUCAAUGGCCCAUACCUGGCCCAGGUAUUUCAUUGUUUCUUUCGAAAUUAAAGAAUUACAGUUGCUGUGAGUAUUUCACAGUUAAAAAUUGUAUUGGGCAGGGCUUAAAACUUUGAGAAUGGAAAAGUAGUUUUUUUUUCAUUUUUAAUUUCAGAAUGUUCUGGAAGUCCGAAGAUCAUCCUCCCUCGGCCGGAAAUGCGCACUAUCGCGAAAAACCCUUUCAAAGACUACCACGUCAGGUGAGUCCGCAAAAGUCUCUGGAUUUCGUUUCUUUCAUCUCUCCAGAAUGUGGAACCUGCAAUACGACGACUCGAACGCGAGGUUGAUGCGUCUUGGCGUGAUGACUGUGAAUGGGGCCUUCACCAAAGUGUGCAUCACGACCGUCAACGAUCCUCUUUACUACAAUUCGAAGCAACUCGAUGAACAGAUCAGGUGGAAGGAAAUGAGAUAGUUCCAUUUGUUUUCUUGAUUUCAGUUUGCUGAAUACCGCGGCCAAAGACCCCAAAUUGUGCGUUUUGAACUCUUUUUUCUGAAGAAACAAAUUGAUCUGCAGGCACUACGCUGGUUACGACAAUCUCGUCCAUUUCGUCGACGUCGGCAUAGAUUCGGUAACGUAUUUAUCUUAACACUAGGGUGCACUCGAAAUCGUACUAACUUCUUUUUGUUGGAACUUUUCCAACUUUCAACUUAACGUAGAUGUUUUUCUGACUUCUCUAAAGUCUGUGUUCAUCUACAGGUAUCAGAAAAAUUUUAAAAACCUACGAAAAUGCUUCAUUACGGUUAAUCAAUCAAUCAAUCAAUCAAUAUUUAUUGGUUGUUUUAGUCAGAUGGUAUCGACUAGGCGGUGAAAAAAUUACUCUUUUGAGCGGCACUAACACCGCCUUUGUCGAAAAAGAAGUCAAAACGUGUAGUCGAUUGAAUUGAAAGCAUGGUCUUACGGUCCUUCUCCUCGCUCUUCCACAAGUAGAUCCCUCAGUUUCGCGGGUACGGGCACGGCGGGGAUGGUAGGGCUCGGGCACGGACACCGUGUACACUCUAGGGUAGCCUCGGCCGAUUGUGAGAGCUACCACUUCGAGUGAAGAAAAUACACGGAAUCACUCGAAAAAAUCAUGCAAGCGUAUAUGAAAGGCUAAAAAGUCUUAUUAUUUUCGAAAAAAAGUGAGCUUUUCUGGUUCUGAUUUGUUCUAAAAAAAGAAUUGGAGAAAAUUCAUAAAUCAUUUAUUUAUGAUAAAUGAAGCUCUUUUCAUUCUACGAAACGUUUGUUGCAGAACUUUUUCUGGCGCGCUGUCGAGUACGCAGAGGGCCUUUCGCUGCAACGCGUUCUCCAAAAAAGGAAAGUCCUCAACGAAAACUUUAGUCAGCGGAUACAGUGCGAAAUCGCCUACCAGGUUGAGUUGAAGAGGGGAUUUUAUGUAGGGAAGACAACUUCCAGAUUGCCAGUGGAAUGGCCUUUUUGGAACGCAACGGACUUUGCCACAAGCAACUCAUGUGUUCGAAGAUCCUCGUGACCAAGGACAGUACUGCGGCGAUGGUCGUCAAAGUCGCAGACUACAUGCUUUCCCACCACUUUCUGAACGAUGUGCCUUUUUCUUCUAAGGCUUCUUUCUGAAAACGUUUCUCAGAAAAAGGGAACGUAUCACGAAGAAAUGGUUGCUUGGCCGUGGGCCGCGCCAGAAGCUCUCCUCAACAGGGAAUACGGCAUCCGCGCAGACGUCUGGAGCUUCGGCUGCGUUAUUUUCGAGGCUUGAGAGCCGAACUACAGAAAAAAAAAUGGAAUACUUCAGAUCAUGACUCUCGGCAAAGCGCCAUUUUCCUAUGAAAAUCUCAGAGAACCUAAAGAGUAAGUGAUCGAAGUAUAGUGCUCUGAAAAUUCCAAUUCAGUUUGAAGAAGCUUUUCGAGAAAAAAGACAAAAUGAAGUUGAAUGAGGUGAUCAGGGGAACGUAUCUCGCUUUGCUUUGUGAAUUCUGCCAAAAUUACGAUAUCAAGGUCGCAUUUUGAUUUUUGGCGUGGAAUUUUAGCAAUUUUUCUAGGAACGGCCAAAAUUCAAAGACCUUUGUGAAAUGCUGGAUUCGGUUUGUUUCGACGGACAGCAUCAGGUCGCAGCUCAACUUGCUCGCAGAAUGCGGAAAGGCGCUUCUCCGGGACCUGUCAGCAAGACUACCGCUACAGGAAUCCCCGCCAAGACCAUCUCUGCGGCGACUCUCAGCAAGGCAGUUGAACCCGUGGACACCAAAAAGAAAUGA